UGUGAAGCGUAAACAAAAUAAACACAGAAUACAUGAUACACACUGAAAGCCAGGACUCCACAGAUCAUAACGAUAUAUUAUUUGUCUGCCUGGGACCUACCAUUAUUGAUCACCAGCCCCGAGAGUCAAAAUGUUUAUUUUACACAAUGUUUUAACCAAACAUCUUACAAGACUGGAGGUUGCAGAAGAUUUGGAUGUUGACGUUUGGGAGCCACCCUUCCCCAGCAAGCGCCCCCACCGGUCAAGGUCUUCACCCCCCACUGCUAUAUCGGGGCGGCAGCAAGUUCGAAUCCCCGAGCUGACAAGACCUCUUGAAAAAGAAAAUAGAGGCUUGUGGCACCAUUUGUCCUAACAGAACCGGUUUCCCCGAGACCAAGAUGGCCAAAGCAAAAGGUUAACCCCCUCUCUCCAAGUUGGCCUUCAGAGAGCAGCUGGUGUUGGAAAGGGCUGAAUUGGGGGCCCAAAGCAACUUCACAACCGUCACAAGACCCCCCACUCAAGGAUGGUGGUGGAUGGGGGCAGCGGAGACGGGGGCGAAUGGGAAGGACGAUGGAACCACAUCAGUACGUUUCUGGAAAGACCAGGACCUUUCACUCACCCUGACUUUGAGCCGAGCACAGAGUCGCUCCAGUUUUUGUUGGACACCUGCAAAAUACUUGUUAUUGGAGCAGGUGGCCUUGGAUGUGAACUUCUCAAAGAUCUGGCCUUGUCAGGUUUUCGUCACAUACACGUUGUUGACAUGGAUACCAUUGACGUUUCCAACCUCAACAGACAGUUCCUCUUUAGGCUGAAGGAUGUGGGUCGGCCAAAGGCAGACAUUGCAGCGGAUUUUAUCAAUGGCCGCAUUCCAGGAUGCAAUGUGGUCCCCCAUUUCAAGAAAAUACAAGACUUUGAUGAGUCGUUUUACAGACAAUUCCACAUAAUAGUUUGUGGACUCGACUCCAUAAUCGCCAGGAGGUGGAUGAAUGGCAUGUUGCUGUCUCUGCUGGUUUAUGAAGACGGGGUGCUGGACCCCAGCUCCAUCAUCCCGCUGAUUGACGGGGGGACAGAGGGCUUCAAGGGAAACGCUCGAGUCAUCUUCCCUGGCAUGACUGCCUGCAUCGACUGCACCCUGGAGCUCUACCCACCACAGAUUAACUUCCCCAUGUGUACGAUAGCCUCCAUGCCCCGGUUACCAGAACAUUGUGUUGAGUAUGUCCGCAUGCUGCUUUGGCCUAAAGAGAAACCCUUCGGAGAUGGUGUGGGGCUGGACGCGGAUGACCCGGAGCACAUCCAGUGGGUGUACCAGAAGUCUCAGGAGCGGGCAGCAGAGUUCAGCAUCACAGGAGUCACCUACAGACUCACCCAGGGUGUUGUAAAGAGGAUCAUCCCGGCUGUGGCGUCCACAAAUGCAGUCAUUGCUGCUGCUUGUGCCACGGAGGUCUUCAAAAUAGCAUCAAGUGCCUACAUUCCUCUGAACAACUACAUGGUGUUCAAUGACGUUGAUGGUCUGUACACCUAUACGUUUGAGGCAGAGCGAAAGGAGAACUGUUCAUCCUGCAGCCAAGUCCCCCAGGACCUGCACUUCUCUCCCUCAGCCAAGCUCCAGGAGGUGCUAGAUUACCUGACUGAAAAUGCUUCUCUACAAAUGAAAUCUCCAGCCAUCACUGCGACAUUGGAAGGAAAAAAUAAAACAUUGUAUUUACAGACUGUCGCGUCAAUUGAACAGAGGACACGCCCCAAUCUGAGCAAGUCACUGAAAGAGCUGGGUCUGUUAGAUGGGCAGGAGCUGGCCGUAGCAGAUGUCACCACUCCCCAGACUGUGCUCUUCAAACUCAGCUUUACCUCUUAGGACCAGCAUGUUCUCCCCAACAUCAAACACCAGACGUCGUUGUUAUUACUUUUCUAACAGAGUACCGGGUAUUUGAAACGGCAAAUAAACUAGAAGUUUUACAGUGUAUUUAAGUGAAUAUGUAAAUGUAUUUCAUAUCCAGUUCUCUGACAUACUUGUAGACUCAUGUCUAUGAAUGCAUUUGGUUGUGGAAAGCCAAACUACUCCACUGUCAUAUUUGAUCAUAUCUGCAACUGUUAGUGAUGUAUUUGCGUUAUAUGCACUGCAACCUCUCAAGUUCUGUUACACUGUAGAAAAGAACAGUACCAUAUUUAAAUUGAUUUCUCUUACAGUUUCUUGUGAGUUUAAUUCAUUUUCAUUUCGUUGCAGUAUCUCCUUCAUGGGGUUUUGCAGACUCAGACACAACCGGAAUAAACGUUUUCCUGUACAA